UCCUCCUCUGCGUGACGAUAACAGCAGGUUCACGCCAUGGGGCGCUCACAUAUCGUCCACAUCACGCCCGUUCCCGCUGGCAUAUCGCGCGAGGCUGCGGUGGCCCGACUCCACGACCAUGUCGCCAUGAUGCAGCUAAAUCCGCUGAUAGUACGACACGAGCUCUGCGACGCGCCGCCGGCCGCGACAAAAGACGAAGCGGAGCUGGCGACCUGGUACUCAAUCACGGACGUGAUCAAUUACUUGCCGGGCGGCAUAGCAAAGGGCGAAGUUUCGUACAAGGCGUGCUUCUACAAUUUGAGCAAUGGGAUACAGACCCACGUGUUUGCGCCGGCAGGAGUGGAUAUCAAGAGCCGAUGGAGUAUAGGCGGGAACGAGCCAGGCGAGUCUCGAGAGCCCUCCGAACUGGGAGUAGACAAGCCCAAGGAAGGCCUGUACAUCAAAGAAGAGAUUGAAUUGAAAUGCAACAUGCUGAUGGGCGCAUUCGUGAAGCGCAACCUGCAGAACAGCCAUCGAGAAGUGCAUGACAAGAUAAUAUCAAUGGCUGCGGAGUUACAAGAAAAGCUGAAGUCGGCACUUGGGAUUGAGUCUCACGCUGCGGAACGUCCUCAGAGCGACGACAAUCUGAUCAAAUCGGAGCCGUGAGAUUGACUUCUCAUGCACGUGUCGAGGAACGACCCACCUCCCUUCAUGUUCGUUCUUCCAUCCUGGAGACCUCCAGCACCACGGUACUCAGCUACCAUCGUCGAUACCAUACUAUGCGAUUCCCUUACCUGCUUCCGCAUCACCUUAUUCUGCAUCCGUUGUUCCUGCGACUGCGCCCCUGGAGCGCUGUCUUUCA